UGUAAUGGUGGCCAUCAUCUCUGUAAUCAGGCCUAUAACAACAUCACUUUCUUGAUCACCCAUGAUUCAUAUGCUCUAUCGCCUAGUAUUGCGGCCACCCAAGACAACUCGAUCACACAGCAGCUCAAUGAUGGUGUACGGGGAAUCAAGUUAACCGCAGUUUCGGUUGCAGAUGAAACAUCAUCGUCUGUGCACGUAUGUCACACACUGUGUGAGGUUCUUGAUGGGGGGUCAGCCACGGAUGUCUUAAAUGAGAUAGCCCUGUGGUUAAAGCAGAAUCCAAAAGAAGUGAUUACCAUCAUGUGGAAUAAUUUGCAUAACAUUCAACCCACAGAAAUAGAACUAGCCUACAAAGCUAGUGCGAUCAUGCCCUUUGUCUAUACACAUAAUUCGACUGAUAUAUGGCCUACGCUUCAAGAAAUGAUCCAAUCUGGCAGGCGAGUAAUGAACUUUAUAGAUUCUAGUGCUCGUGAAAAUGAUAUUCCAUGGCUAAUGGAUCAAUUUUCCAGAGUGUUUGAGACACCAUUUGAAAAUACAGAAUUACAAGGAUUCAAUUGUAAUGUGGAUAGGAUUGCGUCAAACAAGAGCUCGACUGAUUUGAUGUAUGUCAUGAACCACUUCAUAUAUGGUGCAAUUGAUAUAGCUGGCUUUGCGAUAAAGACACCUGUAAAAUCAAAUGCUUUGUUAGUCAAUAGCCAAUCACUUGCCAGCCAUGUAGAUAAUUGCACCGCAGUUUUACACAAAAAGCCGAAUUUUAUCGAAGUUGAUUUCUAUCAAUUGGGGGAAGCACUGUCUAUAGUAGCCAAACUGAAUGGUGUAAAUCAAACAAAGAUUGAUAAAAACAAGACAACU